GGGCGCGCAGCAGGGGCGGCGGCAGCGGCAGCGGCAGCGGCGGCGGCGGCAUCGUCGCCCCGGAGCGGGCGCAGGGUUCACCACCCUCAGAGUGUGGACUGACGGCAGCCCAGGGGACAGAGCUGAACUUGGUCACACAGUCCCCAGAGCCAGCAAGACAUGGGCCCCAUUAUACAACUCCUGACACCCCUGAUGUGACCAGAAGACAUGGAGGGGAGCUUUCCCGACCAUGUAGAUGCCAGCUCCAGGGAGCAGCAUGGGCCCCAAUGAAUGGAGACUCCUGGGUCAGCAGCCCUGAGCCUCUCCGGCCCCUGGACCUCACCCCACUCCUGGGGACACUCCUCAGAGCUUGCCAGUUCUGUUGCCAGCCCACCUCAGCCAUCACCACCUCCUGGGACUCAGAGUCGGCCGCCUCGAGGUACUACCAUCUCAUGAGGGUGUGCUGAGGACAGCUACACGCAGCCAUCACCUAGAAGUCCCUUUUCCAGUGCUGACCCUCAGGCCCAGCCUGAGCAGAGACCGCAGGAAACAUGGGUGAUAUGACCAACAGCGACUUUUACUCCAAAAACCAAAGAAAUGAGUCGAGCCAUGGAGGCGAGUUCGGGUGCACCAUGGAAGAGCUGCGCUCCCUCAUGGAGCUGCGGGGAACCGAGGCUGUGGUCAAGAUCAAGGAGACAUAUGGGGACACUGAAGCCAUCUGCCGGCGCCUCAAGACCUCGCCUGUUGAAGGUUUGCCAGGCACCGCUCCAGACCUGGAAAAGAGGAAACAGAUUUUUGGGCAAAACUUCAUACCUCCAAAGAAGCCAAAAACCUUCCUGCAGCUGGUAUGGGAAGCACUGCAGGAUGUGACGCUCAUCAUCCUGGAGAUCGCGGCCAUCAUCUCCCUGGGACUGUCCUUCUACCACCCACCCGGAGAAAGCAAUGAAGGAUGUGCCACGGCCCAGGGUGGGGCAGAGGAUGAAGGUGAAGCAGAAGCAGGCUGGAUUGAGGGGGCUGCCAUCCUGCUGUCGGUCAUCUGCGUGGUCCUGGUCACAGCCUUCAAUGACUGGAGUAAGGAGAAACAGUUCCGGGGCUUGCAGAGCCGUAUCGAGCAGGAGCAGAAGUUCACUGUAGUCCGGGCUGGCCAAGUAGUCCAGAUCCCCGUGGCUGAGAUCGUGGUCGGGGAUAUUGCCCAAAUCAAGUAUGGUGACCUCCUUCCUGCCGAUGGCCUCUUCAUCCAGGGCAAUGACCUCAAGAUCGACGAAAGCUCGCUCACGGGGGAGUCUGACCAGGUGCGCAAGUCUGUGGAUAAGGACCCCAUGCUGCUGUCAGGGACCCAUGUGAUGGAGGGCUCAGGACGGAUGGUAGUGACUGCUGUGGGUGUGAACUCUCAGACUGGCAUAAUAUUUACCCUGCUUGGGGCUGGAGGUGAAGAGGAAGAGAAGAAAGACAAAAAAGGUGUGAAGAAGGGGGAUGGCCUUCAGCUACCAGCAGCCGACGGCGCAGCACCUGCAAACGCUGCAGGUGGCACAAAUGCCAGCCUAGUCAAUGGUAAAAUGCAGGAUGGCAGUGCCGACAGCAGCCAGAGCAAAGCCAAGCAGCAGGACGGGGCAGCUGCUAUGGAGAUGCAGCCCCUGAAGAGCGCAGAGGGUGGCGAUGCAGACGACAAGAAGAAAGCCAACAUGCACAAGAAAGAGAAGUCGGUGCUUCAGGGCAAGCUCACCAAGCUGGCUGUGCAGAUCGGCAAGGCGGGCCUGGUGAUGUCAGCCAUCACGGUAAUCAUCCUGGUGCUCUACUUCACCGUGGACACCUUCGUGGUCAACAAGAAGCCGUGGCUGACAGAGUGCACACCUGUCUACGUGCAGUACUUCGUCAAGUUCUUCAUCAUCGGUGUGACGGUGCUGGUGGUCGCUGUGCCUGAGGGCCUCCCUCUGGCGGUCACCAUCUCACUGGCCUAUUCCGUGAAGAAAAUGAUGAAGGACAACAACUUGGUCCGCCACCUGGAUGCCUGUGAGACCAUGGGCAAUGCCACGGCCAUCUGCUCAGACAAGACAGGCACGCUGACCACCAACCGCAUGACCGUGGUACAGGCCUACGUCGGCGAUGUCCACUACAAGGAGAUCCCUGAUCCCAGCUCCAUUAAUGCCAAAACCAUGGAACUGCUGGUCAACGCCAUUGCCAUCAAUAGCGCCUACACCACCAAGAUCCUGCCUCCGGAAAAGGAGGGCGCCCUGCCCCGGCAGGUGGGCAACAAGACUGAGUGCGGCUUGCUGGGCUUCGUGCUGGACUUGAAGCAGGACUACGAGCCAGUGCGCAGCCAGAUGCCAGAAGAGAAGCUGUAUAAGGUGUACACCUUCAACUCCGUGCGCAAGUCCAUGAGCACUGUCAUCAAGAUGCCUGACGAGAGCUUCCGCAUGUACAGCAAGGGUGCCUCAGAGAUCGUGCUCAAAAAGUGCUGCAAGAUCCUUAGUGGGGCAGGUGAACCCCGUGUCUUCCGGCCCCGAGACAGAGAUGAGAUGGUGAAGAAGGUGAUCGAGCCCAUGGCCUGUGACGGGCUCCGUACCAUCUGCGUGGCCUACCGUGACUUCCCCAGCAGCCCUGAGCCUGACUGGGACAAUGAGAAUGACAUUCUCAAUGAACUCACGUGCAUCUGCGUGGUGGGCAUUGAAGACCCAGUGCGACCUGAGGUCCCAGAAGCCAUCCGCAAGUGCCAGCGGGCAGGUAUCACAGUCCGCAUGGUCACUGGUGACAAUAUCAACACAGCCCGGGCCAUCGCCAUCAAGUGUGGCAUUAUCCACCCUGGGGAGGACUUCCUGUGCCUGGAGGGCAAAGAAUUCAACCGGAGGAUCCGCAAUGAGAAGGGGGAGAUUGAGCAGGAGCGGAUUGACAAGAUCUGGCCAAAGCUGAGGGUGCUGGCUCGCUCCUCGCCCACGGAUAAGCACACACUGGUCAAAGGCAUCAUUGACAGCACACACACUGAGCAGCGGCAGGUGGUGGCUGUGACGGGGGAUGGGACCAACGAUGGACCAGCUCUCAAGAAGGCAGAUGUGGGCUUCGCAAUGGGUAUUGCAGGCACAGAUGUGGCUAAGGAGGCCUCAGACAUCAUCCUGACAGACGACAACUUCAGCAGCAUCGUCAAGGCAGUGAUGUGGGGCCGUAAUGUCUAUGAUAGCAUAUCCAAAUUCCUGCAGUUCCAGCUGACUGUCAACGUGGUGGCUGUGAUUGUGGCCUUCACAGGUGCCUGCAUUACACAGGACUCGCCCCUCAAGGCCGUGCAGAUGCUUUGGGUGAAUCUCAUCAUGGAUACGUUUGCCUCCCUGGCACUGGCCACAGAGCCACCCACCGAGACGCUGCUCCUGAGGAAACCUUAUGGCCGCAACAAGCCGCUCAUCUCACGGACCAUGAUGAAGAACAUCCUGGGCCACGCCGUUUACCAGCUCACCCUCAUCUUCACCCUGCUCUUCGUGGGUGAGAAGAUGUUCCAGAUUGACAGUGGGAGGAACGCACCGCUGCACUCGCCACCCUCAGAGCACUACACCAUCAUCUUCAACACCUUCGUCAUGAUGCAGCUUUUCAACGAGAUCAACGCCCGCAAAAUCCACGGCGAGCGCAACGUCUUUGACGGAAUCUUCCGGAACCCUAUCUUCUGCACCAUCGUUCUGGGCACGUUUGCCAUCCAGAUAGUGAUCGUGCAGUUUGGCGGGAAGCCCUUCAGUUGUUCCCCGCUCCAGCUGGACCAGUGGAUGUGGUGCAUCUUCAUCGGCCUGGGAGAGCUGGUCUGGGGCCAGGUCAUUGCCACCAUCCCUACCAGCAGACUGAAGUUUCUGAAGGAGGCAGGGCGGCUCACACAGAAGGAGGAGAUUCCUGAAGAGGAACUAAAUGAAGACGUGGAGGAAAUAGACCACGCAGAGCGGGAGCUUCGCCGUGGCCAGAUCCUGUGGUUCCGGGGCCUGAAUCGGAUCCAGACACAGAUUGAAGUAGUCAAUACUUUCAAGAGCGGGGCCUCCUUCCAGGGGGCCCUGCGGAGACAGUCCUCCGUCACCAGCCAGAGCCAGGACAUCCGCGUCGUGAAGGCGUUCCGUAGCUCUCUCUAUGAAGGGUUAGAAAAACCCGAGUCUCGAACCUCCAUCCAUAACUUCAUGGCUCAUCCUGAAUUCCGGAUCGAAGAUUCCCAGCCUCACAUCCCCCUCAUCGAUGACACCGACCUGGAAGAAGAUGCCGCACUCAAGCAGAACUCGAGCCCGCCGUCCUCGCUCAACAAGAACAAUAGCGCCAUCGACAGCGGGAUCAACCUGACAACCGACACGAGCAAAUCAGCUACCUCUUCAAGUCCAGGGAGCCCCAUCCACAGCCUGGAGACGUCGCUUUAGCUGAGGCCCCUGUCGCCUGGCCACCCUCAUGGACCCGCCGCCACCCGCCUCCGGGCGCACACCCUUCCAGGCACCGACUCCCCAAUGCGGCAAGGAGUACUCGGUGGAACCCACACAGCAGAAAGAGAACCCGUUUCCACCCACAGACCCUUGCUCUGGCUGCCAUGCUGUUUGAACUCUUUUUCACUCCUAGGUCAUGGGCAAGGUUGCCCUGGCGUCAUCUGGAGCAGAGAGUGGCGUGGGUUUUGUUUUGGUUUUGUUUUUCAAAAAAAAUAAUAAUAAUAAUAAAUUAAUUAAUUAAUUAAUUAAUUAAUUUCAAAAAAAGAGCCCUUCCAGGCUCCAGCCCAGACACGGACCAGCCAUGCACCCGCCGGCCACUGCGUCCCCAGCAUGAAUGUACCUGGACACUUUCAGUCCCCUCUCAUUUGAUUCUUGGAGGGUUGGGGAGGGGAGAUUUUUUUGUUUGCUUUCUUAGGUGGGAACUGCAAACAGGAACUGCAAACAGACUGCUGUUCAUUCAGGUCACUGGUCUGUGAGGUUUCAAAUGCUUGCCCAGCAUGGUCUCAGAUGUCUAGAUUAAUUUAAUAACUUUUUGAAAUCACAGAGUAGGUUUGCACCAAUGGAACCCAAGAACUCCACAGACACUCAUGAGGUUAUAUCCGUUUCUUUGUAUCUAUAUCAACGUAUACUUCUUGGAGACUGUAUACGUGUAUAUAGAUAGGUAGAUAUUAUAUAUAUAUAUAUAUAUACAUAUAUAUACAUGGAUAUAUAAAGUUCCUUUGCCGGCAUGUUGCCUUGUUUCUGCUUAAAUUGCUCUAUUUUAACUUAUGUCCUAAAAGAAGAAUGUAAUUUGUUUACAAACCUGUAGAUAAUGUCUUUGGAUAUCUGUGUGGUUUAAGGACACUGGUGACCAAGAUGCUUAUGAACAGCUCAGCCCAACAGACACAUCCCCUGGAUUGCAUCCUUGAAGUUUUCAAAUAGCCAUGCUCUGAUUUCUGCCUGCUCUUUCUGUUUCAAUAAUGUCACUACUGUGGGAAGCUCAGGCAAAAAGCCAACAGCUCCCAGGGAUCCGUCCUGAGGAGCUAAGCAACGCGCUCCACCGUAGACAAGGGAGAAGAGGAGAGAAGGCUUCCGGGUUCAUAACGCGACUGACCGUCCAGGUCCCAAGACGCCGGUAGAAGGCUUUUCUCUCAAUGAAACUCACUUGAGUUUACAGAGAGCAUUUCAGAACUGAGUUGUCUUUGGCACUGUCUGUGACUCGAGGUAGUGUUCAAAUAUUACAAAUGCUAUUGUGUUGAUUUUUUUUUUUUAGUUAGUAAUUUAGAUGUUUCUUUUAUAAAUGGCAGCAUAGGCACUGCCGACAUAUUGGAUGAGGGUCGGUAUGGCUUGCUGCUUUUGUUUUUCUUUUUGAAGAAGAAUAGCCUUUUUUCUCUGCACUAUUUAGAUCCGAAUGAACCUUAUGAUGUGUACAUUGAGAUGUAUUCAGUGUGAUUUUUAAACCAAAUUGUCUUCCUGUAGUCACAAUAUAUACUGUAGCCUUUUAACAGCAAGUCCCGCUUUCCCAGACAGAAGCCAUUCUGAUACCUUCCCGUGUCACAGGUGAGAAAAGGUGGCUAUCCCCUCCCACAACAAUAACAGCACUAGUAGCCCCACUUAUUAAGAGCUUGUCUGUCGGCCUCUUAACUGCUAAGCACUUUGUGGGUCUCAGCUUUUUUUCAUAAAAGAACUUUUGUAUUUAAUACAAAGUUUGCUUUGAGACUUUUCAGCAUACAAUCUUUUUCCAUAAACUUGUACAGUGCAAAAGACAUUUUGAAUACCAUGAUCGAUGAUGUCCCGUGCUUCGAGGAGAACCAAACACUUUCCGCCUCACUUGUGAACUCCAUCCUUCGCUCCCUCCCUUCCCACAACUGCUCCUCGCUCCUCAGCCUGGCCCCCAGCCCUCCUCAGACCCAGAGACCUCUUCACUAAACAAGAUGACAGCCACUUGGGAAAAGAGCCAUAGUCAGCUGGGAGGGCCCACGUCUGGAUGGUUGUGGAAAAACUUGAGUUUUGGUUUCGGGUUCAAAGUCCGCCCAUCCCACCUGGCCUCAAUCUCUCUGUAAGGAAGAGUAUCUCGAAGGAAUCUGAAUGUAUCCAGGAGAGAGAGCUGCCUCUCCAGCUGUGGUGGACCAGCCCUAGCUGUGCUGACAGACACCUUCAGAGCCAGCCCACAGCACCCCUCCAAGGAGGGAAAGGAAACCUGGGGCAGCCUUGGAACAGGAUAGGUUUUGGGUUUGGAGUUUGUUGUUGUCAUUUGGUUGGUUUUGGGGUUUUUUUGGGGGGGAUUCCUUUGUCACAUUUUUCAUCCUGCCCUCCAUUCAGUCAUGCAUCUAUGACCUCAUUCCAUGCCACCAGGGUUGUGCUUACAAACCAGAGUCCUUGGACUUUGGAACCAGGCCUCAAGGGCAAACAGGAAGAGGUUCUCAGAGCCAGUAUCUUUGGCAGGGAGCACAGGAGUAGCAAGGAGGCCUGACAUUAGCAUUGGCUUCCCGGUGUCAGGAAUGAGGGACAGUCCUAUGCCCUAACCCCUUACCCUCACACAUUCACACUCAUCAACACACACAGACACACACACACACACACACACACACACAGGAGAUGAUUGGUUUGUCAGAACUCACUGUAGUACACAAAGCUUGCACUUCCGCGUCCUAUAUCUAGCAGCAUGGGGUACGUUUGGCAGUUCACCCCACUAGGGGGUCAAUAAUUUAUGACCAUUCAUCUGUUUUUAUGAAUUUUUUUAUCUAGACAAUAAUUGUAAAUAAAGAAUUCACCGUCUCUGCUCAUUUACUACUAUGCAAUGGUUAUGCUUUCCAUGGCUGACUCUUCUGACUUACACAGGUGUUUCUGGUGUGUCUAUGGUAUUUAAAAAAAGAAAUCAAGCAGAACAUAGGAAACCUGCUCUUUUCUAGUGUUGGACCUGCCCCCUUCUUUCCUGUCCUGUAUAAGUGCAUCAACUCCCACCCCCUUGGAUAGGUGAGGGCCCAGCAGAGAGCCUGCAUUAUGGCUUUGGAUACUUCAGAGUCACCUAUCUGUGGAGGAGGGGAGGAAGGCUCAACUUGCUCAUCACAGCUUUCCAGGAUUCAGGGGCAGCCCCCAUUUCUCCACCCUCACCCCAACCAUAGCACAGAGCUGACUGGAGGGAGGUGCCCUGCUUCGGAAAGUGGGUGUGGCACUGACCACUCCCAAGCCAGAACCCACCCUAUCCUGGGCCCUCUGGUUAAUAAAGAGCCACUAUGUCCCCAUGCCUGUUGAAAAGCCACCCUUUGCCACCUCCUUAUGUCUAUAAAGACUUAAGCCCAAUUCUGGAAUUUCUCUUCCGUCUCCCAUCUGCUGUCCACUCUGGCACCAGCCACAUGUUUUAAUUAUUGUCCCUCACAAAUGUUUUUAGUAUGUAGCAGGAGGUGAGUCCCCAUCCCUCUGCACAGUAUUCCCUGCUACAUCUGUUCUUCUGAAGAAAUGUUCAAAUUCUGCCAGCCUCUCUUCCUUCUGCCUUCCUCUUACCUCUCAACUGGGCCCCUGUCAGUCUAUGAGCCACCUCCACCCCACUGUAAUCACUGUCCACUCAGAGCCUCUGCAUGCAGAAUGUCCUGUCAGGACAGACAAAGUAACAUCCUGAGUUCUGGGAAGCUGUCGACUUACCUGUCCCCUAAGCUCUAGAAUUGUCAGGAGAGGUCACCAAACCCCACCCAACAAAUCACCUCCUGUGGUUAUGCCAGGGCAGGUCCCUAUGUGCCCCUUGUCUGCACAGGAAAGAAGGACCUCUCCCAGACCCAGUACUAAAAGAGAACAUUCAGCCUCAUCAGAACCACUCUGCAUGGCGACACUUCCUGUCUGCCUUUUCUAAACUGGCUUUUGGUUAUUUUAUUUGGGUUACUGGGGGGAGGUCAUCUCUUAUUAAUUUGGGGUACAAACAUGUCUUGCCUGGAUAUCUUGGCACUCCUGGUCCCUCCCUGCUUGCUGUAGCUGUAAGAGGCUGCCAACUGAACCACACACUGACAAGCCUUCCACCCAACUCUUUCCUGCUCUAGUAUCUGAAGCCCCACCCUUAGAGAACCCUAGGAGUGAGGAUACUUCUUGAAGCACCAAGGCCCCAAUGAGACCCUAGGAGUCUCCAAAUAUCUUCCAAGGUCCAAAGAAGCCCUCUGAUUUAACAUAUAGAUCCAGCCCACCCAAGGCAUGGGACUCUAGGCCCUGGGCAGCUACCAUCAUCCCCUCCUCCCAAAACAAAAGGUUUGAGGCUACUUGGGGCCACCUUCCAGGUCCUUGGUCUGUUUUGUAAUGUCUGUGGUGCUCUCCCUCCAGGGCCCUUCCUCUCGGGGGUCACCACACUUUGCUAA